AUGUCAAGAACGGAUGCUGGCAGCACCGGCGAGGCCAGCGAGCUGCGCCUGAUUGUCAGCAACGCGCUCCGCGACCUCAACUACUUCACCCAGUUUGGCCACGAGAAGCUGUCAAACACGCGUCUGAGAAAGCGCUUAGACUUGCUGUGGCAAAGUAACCAGCACAUCGAAUCAGUUCGCGAACUGACAUGGAGCGUGCACCAAAUGUUCACCAUAAACAACGAAGCAUUGAAUCAAAUCAAGAACUACCAGAGAAGAUCAGCGGCUGUCGCGUCAGGGCCGACGCCGACGAGCAGCACCGCGUCGCCCGAGCGAAGUGACGACCUACCGGCCUCUCCAGAGGGCGGCAUCAUAGAAGAGCUGCUCCUAGACGACGUUGAAACACACCCGGACAUUCGGUUACUGAUAUUGGUGCCGUUCAUCGUGCAACACCACCUCUGCCUCGCCGUGCAGAGCGCCAUGGAGGCCGUCUGCUUCGCCUACGCGCAGAAGCACCUCCCCAACCUCCUGCACGAGCGCCAGUGGGACUGCCCCGAGGCCGCCAGCCUUCCCAGCUGGAUCGCCCUCCUCAACCGCUGCCCCGACGACCUGCGCCUCCCCCCCGGACUGGUCGCCGACCACGCGCGCACGCGGUCCUGCCUGACGCUCUACGAGGCGGCCCUCGCGCGCGCGCGCCUGCCGUACGAGUCCCUGCGGUGCGGCGUCCGCGACGCGCUCGCCACCGUGCAGGCGCUUGGCGGCCUCGACGCACUGCCGGCCGCACGCGCGUACGUCCAGAACCUGUGCGGCGUCGCGCGCAAGCUGCGCGAGCAGAUGCGGGAGCUGGAGGCGGUCGCGGGGGAUCACCGCGAAAGGCUGAGGGAGGCGCUGGAGAACAUCGCGGAGAGGCGCGCGGCGCUGGACAAGGAGGACGCGAUGGCCAGGCAGAGCGCGAGGGACGCGAUGGCCGAGUACGAGGCAAAGUGGGAUGCGGAGUACAAGGCGGCCUUUGCGGCGCAAGACACGUUUUGCUCGUCGUGA